UCCGUGCACCUAGCCCCGCUCUCUUGAGGUUGCCCCUCGAACCAGAUAGGCCGAGUCUACCAGGGACCGGUAAUCGCGUGCGCAAUUGCAGCUGGGCUUCUUUCUCUCCACGGUGCCAAAUGGGGCAGGGUGACGGAUGACGGCCCGCGCCCCCGGCGUGUUUUCCGAUGGCGGAGCUGUGCGCGAAACCCAGAAGGGACAGAGCCACGGUUCCUUAUUUAAGGUUGAGCUUUGUUUUGGACCGGACCCCCGCCCUUCACACAGCUCAACAAUCACCGCUUUCCCCCUCAGGAUGAAGUCGAUCAUGCUGAAGAAGCUCUCCGUCGUCGUCCUGUGCCUGUUUGGCACCAGCCUGGCCCUGCCACAGCAUUCAUACGUCCACUGCCUCACCGUCAUUUCGCCGCCCGACCGUGACUGCACAGCAGUCAUGUCUCCUGAUGAGUGCAGUCUCAUCGCCCAGGUGAGUCGCAUCACUUACAGAUCAAAGCUCCGCUCCUCACUGAUCUCUUUUCCCAACACGACGUCACAGAACUGCAGCGGGGUAUGCUACGGUCCCAAUGUCAUCGACCACCGCAAGGCCAAACCAAUCGAAUGCCCCUCCAAAUAUUCGACGCCGCUGCAACCCUCGUCGCCGCCCUCGUCGCCGCCCUCGGCCUAUUCGACGACGGACGAGACUAAGCAGGAAAAGAGGAUCGCCAUUCCUCCGCCCGUCUGUCGCAUAGUCUGCCUGCUGGACUCUCACUGUGGCACCUACGAAUUUGACCGCUCCCAGCUGCAAUGCGGAUGCCCCUGCCAGGCCUGCCCCUCGCCUCCCAAGCCCAACAAGGUGGCCAAAAAGGGCGAUGUCACUGCCGUAUAUGGUGCCACGAACAACUACCUAGAAGCAAAGGCGCUGACGAAAGACGAGGUGCUCGAAUGCCCCCACAUCAAGUAUCCCUCGCUUGAUGACGACGGACAUGAAAAGAUCAACUGGCCAAAGGAGAAGAAGCACUAGGCUUCCUGACGGCCGUCGUCGUCUCGUCUCUCUCCCACCACCACCAACCACUAUCACUAGCACUUUUGUAUUUCUUAGUCAUUCCAGUCCAAGCGAUA